CAUCACAUUUUUUUUAAAAACAAAAAACAAAAACAAUUAAAAAAAACAUUUCCCUUCCAAAACGCAACUCUUCCUGAACAAAACGACCUAACUCCUCAGUCCUCACCUUCAAAGGCAUGUAUAAGCCUUCUUCUUCUCCGUUCUUCUUCCAUCUCUCGAUCACAUCGUUUUUAGUAUAAUCUUUGAUUAUCACCGAUUUUUUAGAUUUUGAUUAGCUGCUCUCUCUGUAUAAAGUUUUCGAGAAAAAAUAAUGGAGCAAGCGGUAUUAGAUGAUAUAAUCAAACGGCUAUUAGAGGUUCGGGGAAAACCAGGGAAGCAGGUUCAGUUAUCGGAGACUGAGAUCCGGCAGCUCUGCGUUGUCUCUAGAGAGAUUUUUUUACAGCAGCCUAAUUUACUUGACCUUGAAGCUCCUAUCAAGAUUUGCGGUGACAUCCAUGGUCAAUAUUCUGAUCUUCUAAGGCUGUUUGAAUAUGGCAGUUUACCUCCACAUGCGAACUAUUUAUUUUUAGGGGAUUAUGUAGAUCGAGGCAAGCAGAGUCUAGAAACAAUAUGUCUUCUACUGGCAUACAAGAUAAAAUAUCCUGAAAACUUCUUUCUUUUGAGGGGAAACCAUGAAUGCGCUUCUAUAAACCGCAUAUAUGGUUUUUAUGAUGAGUGCAAGAGAAGGUUUAAUGUUAGGCUAUGGAAGAUAUUCACAGACUGCUUUAAUUGCUUACCGGUGGCAGCAUUAAUUGAUGAGAAGAUUCUCUGCAUGCACGGAGGUCUCUCGCCUGACUUGAAAAAUCUGGAUGAGAUUAGAAACUUACAGCGUCCAACUGAUGUACCAGAUACAGGUUUGCUUUGUGAUCUUUUGUGGUCAGAUCCUAGUAAAGAUGUUCAGGGUUGGGGAAUGAAUGAUAGGGGAGUUUCAUAUACUUUCGGACCUGACAAGGUGACAGAGUUUCUAGAGAAGCAUGAUUUGGAUCUCGUUUGUCGUGCUCACCAGGUUGUGGAGGAUGGAUAUGAGUUCUUUGCAAAUCGGCAACUUGUAACUAUAUUUUCAGCGCCUAAUUAUUGCGGGGAAUUUGAUAAUGCUGGUGCCAUGAUGAGUGUAGAUGAUACACUAAUGUGCUCUUUCCAAAUAUUGAAGCCUGCUGAUAAAAAGGCAAAAUUUAACUUUGGGAGUACAACUGUCGCAAAGCCGGGAAACACAUCUGGACUUUUUGGGAGUACAACUACAGCUAAGCCUGGAAGUUCUCCUGCAGGAGUCAAGUCCUUCCUGGGUACAAAAGUAUAACGGUUUGGCUUCUGGUUAGACAACAAGGUUUAGGUGGGAUGACGACAAACACGGGGAGAUUGUUACGACAGGAAAAAUGAGGUUCAUUUUAGUGUCAUUAUAAUAUGCUGAAAUUGUAUAAAUUGGAAGAGAAAAUAGAAACUAAUGCAAACAUGAUUUAUUUUCCUUUCUAUAAAGUUGGGUUUGAGGAAGAAGGCUAGAUCUCCUUCUGUUCCUGAUUGUACACUAAUGGCUGCUACUAGAAUCGCCGCUAUGAAUGAUUUUAAUGUUAACUUCAAUGUGUAGCACUUCUUUAAGAAGAUGAAAAUUGGCAAAAACUGUUUACUCUUUUGGUCA